ACGUCGCACUUUGCCAAAACAAAAAAAAACUCGUCAGUGUUCAGCGUUCGUUCAGUGUUUGCAGCAAGUCUUCGGUCUUCCGUGCCAGGCCAGCUCUAAAAUCGUGAAACACAAAGCUAAAACUUUCAUCUUGAAGAUUUUGAUCACUGUCCCAGAAUCAUUAGUCAUCCGUUUUUCGCGCGAUUUCGGAGAACUUCCGAGUUCGGAAACUGUGAUGGAGAAGAUUCGAUUGGUGAUGGUGGUGUAAAGGAACAAAGCAAAAGGAAGAAAGUUUAGUUCGAAGUGGGAAUCCGCCCUCCGAUUUCCUCGUAAUUUUGCGUGUGCUUUGAUGAACGCUCAUCGUCGUCGUCGUCGUCGUCGCAUAUCUCAAGGCCAUCAGUCCUCCUCCCCUCGCGGCGCUGAAUAAAAUAACAAAAAACAACGACUUGGAGGCGACGAGCGACGUCCUGCCUCGCAGAGACGGUUGGCUGAGUUUGUUUGAUUGGCGAAAGGCGGAUAAGGAACCGUCCUGGUCCUGGACCACCGUGAUCGUAAUGGUUGGGAUGAGCAAUUUUACGUUGGAUCCGGCCAUCAUUGGGGUCGUUGGAGGCGGCAGCAGUCGGAAGUAUGAAGUCGAACGCAAGGCACUGAUGGAGGAGCUGCUGACCGUGGUGAAAGAGUGCCAGAAGAAGUACGGCGGGAAGACGGAAUUGGCAACGGAGGAGGAUUCAAGGAUUAUAUUGCUCUGUGAUACCUGGGAAAGGGUGCUGUCGCACGGACUUAAAUCGACCAGCUCGGUGCUGAAGAAUGUGACCGACCUGGUGGCUGGUGGCAGCGUGGAGAUGCCAGUGAUGUGGGAAUUCACCUUCAAACAUCUGACAAAUCACGAAAAGGAACGGUUCUCCGCGUUGAGGCACGUCUGGACCAACUGCGGCAAAGGGAAGGCCCUGCUCAGGGCCAUUCUGAACGAGAGGGCACUCGAACGGUACAUGCUAAUCUGGUUGGGGGAUGAGAAAGUGUUGGAGGAAAGUUACGAAAGCUGGGCGUUAAUGCGGGAUGGAGAGAUCACCAGUCUGCUACCGAACAUGGCCGCCGGAUUGAGCACGAUUCUGUUUGCCAUUUCUAUCGACACGCCGGAACUGAAUGCUCCCACUCGCGUUAAGCCGGAAAAGGUAGAGCCGAUUAUAGCGACGCAACCACCGACCGGUCCCGUUCGAAAAGUCAACGUCAUUCAGAGGGAAAUUUUGGACGCAGUUCCCACGCAACCGAUUCUCAAUUAUGCCUCAUCGCCGAGUUCUCGAAACAACUCCAGUCGAACGGCAAACGUCGAUAUCAUCCAGGAGUAUACCGACAUCGGAUCAACUCGAUCCCGAGCCGAAGCGUACUCGGUGGAGGAUGCCCUGAACAGUCUCUCUAUUGCGCGAAAAAUCAGUCACGGUGAAUCUAAACCACCGGAAGCGUCCAUCGGGGCAACGCCCCCAGCGGCCACCAGCAGUCCGGACAAUGCGUUGGAAGCCUCCGAAGACAGUAUUAUGGCGGGAAGCUAUUCGUUGGACACGUCUACGGCGACCACCGCCAGCAACAACACAACGGCUUCCAACUGCUCCUCCAGUACGGCAACGGGUUUCGGAUCGGACUCAUCCAUGGCGCAGGAAUCGGCGGUGGACGAAACAUCCGAGCGGAACGCGGCCAUCGUGGACAAAUUGAAACGCAAACUGAACGACUCGGAGGAACGCUGCCAAAUGUUGGAAGCCCGCGUCGCUGAACUGAGCUUGGAAAAUCACCGGCUCCGGAUGUUGACCCGCUCGAACCGGCUCUCGCUGAUGCAUUUCCAGAUCAGUAUUCCGAAGGCGAUUCUCCGAACGCCGGUCAGCGGUCGCCGGCGGGAACACUACUGCUACGAAAUCCGAAUAUCGCCGAACGGAACGGCGGCGUCGGGCACCGAAGCAGAAUGCUGGUCCGUCUUCCGGCGGUACAGCGAGUUCUAUCGGCUCCACAAACGGCUCCAGAAGGAGUAUCCCAGCGUGCGAACGCUGGACUUUCCACCAAAGAAGAAGAUCGGCAAUAUGAACGCCCAGUUCGUGGAGCAGCGCCGCCAGCGGUUGCAGGUCUACCUGAACAGUCUGUUCAUAACGACCCUGCCGGAAGUGUCUGCGUGCAAUACGCGGUCGCAACUGGAGCGGGCCUUUCCAUUUCUGCGUGAUGCCGUGCUGUAGUGACGCUGAAUAAAAUCUAAGAAAGCUGGUCCUAAUCUCGGCGAAGUGAGAUUCCGGACGCCAGCCUCGCGCGAUUGAAACCCUGAUAUUUUGUAUACCGAUCAUCAGAACUUUUUGUAAGUAGCCCCAUAUACCGCACGCUUGAAUGCGGACACGGAUUUCAUGUUUCGAUGUGCUGCUGACUACACUGCGUGUUACGGUGUUAAUCGAGCAACCUUUUGGGACAAAGUGUGAUUGAAUACUAGGAUAUUGUAAUUGUAUUGGAACUGUUGUACGUAGUGAAAGUACCGGUGAAUAACAUUAUCAUCAAAACCGUAAAAUAGAGAAUUGUGUA